AUGCUUCGUACAGUAUUUGCAACUCGUGCUCAACCAGCAGCACGAAAUUUAUUACUUGUUACUAAGCGAUUUCAACAAUCAUCGGCUUCAUCUGGUUCUAGUAAACCAGCAUCAGGUCCAAGUGCAACACAAUCUGCAAGCAGUAGUGCUUCAUCGGCUCCUAAAACACAAAGUGCACCAGCUGAUCGAUCAAGCAAUCCUCAGAAACCAACAACCCCUCCUCCAUCAACAAAAUCAUCGUCAUCAUCAUCAUCAGCAUCAUAUCCUACAAGUGGUGGUAGUGGUGGAACAGGCAAAGCUAUUGCUUAUGGUCUUGCACUUGGUCUUGGUGUUACACUUUUAUAUGCUGAAUAUGACAAUAAUACAUUUCGUCGUAAAGUUGAAUCAAUGAUUCCACUUAGUUCAACAGUUUUAAGUGGUCUCGAUAAAAUUAUUGAUCCAGUAUUUGGUCGACAUAAAAGAUUAACAGACAUUAUAUCAGAAAAAAUGCCUGAUAUUUCCGGUAUAACUGAUAAAUUACCAGACAAAGAUCAAAUUAAAAAAGCUGGUGAACAAGUUAAAGAUGCUGCUAAUGCCGCUUACAAUAAAUUACCAGACCAAAAACAAAUUCAAAAAGCUGGUGAAAAAGCUAAAGAUGCUAUUAAUGAUGCUUAUGACAAAUUACCUGAAUAUAAAAAAGUUAAAGGCGCUGUUAUUCAUGCUGCUGAUCAAGUUAAAGAUGCUGCACACUCAGUACGAGAUACUGCUAGUCAUGCUGCUGAUAAAGCUAAAGAUGCUGCCAAAUCAGUACGAGAUGCUUUACCACAAACAAAAGGUGUCUCUGGUGAACAAUCACGUCUUGGCAAUGAUCCAGUAUUUUUAGAAGAAGCUGGUGAAGUUGUCACCAAACCACCACGCAAAAUUAAAUAA